UUCCACUUUAAUGGUUAAAGCGCAGAGCAAAGUUUAACCCGCCUCUCUGCUCCGCCUUCACUUUGUCUCAACGCGUAAACCCCUAACCCCUUUGCUAAAGGAGCAGCAGAAGUUCAGGGAUGCUAGAAGCCGCUCGCGGCUAAUGAGAGUUCGAUUGUUGUUGUCACUUAGCCUAUUGAAUUAAAACUGUGGGUUUCCCUCCUUUAAGUGCGCUUGCAGAUAGAUAGGUAAGUUACUGGAGAAGAGAGGGCGAGAUGGUGAGGCUCACUGCUGACUUGAUUUGGAAAAGUCCUCAUUUCUUCAAUGCUAUUAAGGAGCGGGAAUUGGAUCUUCGAGGCAACAAAAUCCCUGUAAUAGAAAAUUUGGGUGCAACUGAGGACCAAUUUGAUACUAUCGAUUUGUCUGACAAUGAGAUUGUGAAGCUGGAAAAUAUGCCUUAUCUUACUCGAUUGGGCACUUUGCUCAUCAAUAACAACAGAAUAACUCGCAUCAAUCCCAACAUUGGAGAGUUCUUGCCAAAAUUACACACAUUGGUUCUUACAAACAACAGGCUUGUCAAUUUGGUGGAGAUUGAUCCUCUUGCUUCUCUUCCAAAGCUGCAGUUCCUUAGUCUUUUGGAUAAUAACAUCACAAAAAAACCAAACUACAGACUGUACGUGAUCCACAAAUUAAAAUCACUUCGCGUCCUUGACUUCAAGAAAGUGAAAAGCAAGGAGAGAGCCGAAGCGGCAAAUUUGUUUGCGUCCAAAGAAGUUGAAGAGGAGGCUAAAAAGGAAUCUGCAAAGACGUUCACUCCAGCUGAGGUUCCAAAUGUUGUAGAUGUUGCAGAGGACCAGCAGAAUCCAAAAGUGGUUGCGCCGACACCUGAGCAAAUUAUAGCUAUAAAGGCUGCUAUCGUGAAUUCUCAAACUCUAGAAGAAGUUGCCAGACUUGAGAAGGCAUUGAGUUCAGGUCAGGUUCCUGUAGAUCUGAAGAUUUUGGGAAAUGAUACCGAGUCUGACCUUGUGAAAGAAAAGGAUGACAAAAUGGCCACUGAUAGUCACGAUGAGACUGAUGCUGAACCAAAGAGUCUCGAGGAGCAGAAGGAUGAUGAAUCUGAACCUAUGGAUCAGGUAUAGAGGGUAAUUUUAAAUGCAGCCUGUAGGAUAUUUUGACAGUUGGUAUUUUUUGCUGGGAGUUGUGGAUUAAUUUGAGAAUUUUUGCAUCUUAUUACGAGGGAUCUUCUUCUAUGCAACUUUCCUAGACCUCUCUCUAUUUUCCUUGUUUUCUUCUUGGUUGGAUCUCGCUUUCUAAUGUAGCAUAUGUACCCGACUUUUGUGGGAUAGACAGCUUAAUCUUGUCUUUUGGGACUUGAGGACAA